GAUUUAGGUUAUAUUUAUUUGACAAUUGAAAACAUCCAAACUGAUCCAAACACAAACAAAUUUGUUCAGCCAAGUGCUAAUAUACAUUACUCCUAAUGAAGAUGACACAAGAGGAUAAAAUAGCAUAUCAUCUAGACACAAAUAAUGCUUUGGACAGGGUGACUGAAUUAGUACAUACCAGAUUAGUUGAUUGUGGUUGGAGAGAUCAGGUGAGAUUGGCCUGUAGGAAGGCUAUCUCAGAUAGUGGAGAUCGAAUACCUAGUGUUGAUGAGUUGAUCAACAAUAUCACUGGAAAUGCAAGAGGGAUGGUACCAGACUCAGUGAAAAAAGAGCUCCUUCAUGAAUUAGAGAAAAUUUUAGUCAAUGUUGACAAAGUUGCUCAUUGAUUUGAACAAGUAUUUUUUA